GCCCUGCGGGGCGAGCUUGCGAGGAAGGAGCACGAGGUCGUCGGCGCGGAGGCGGAGGCCGAGCUGGCGCGGGGCGCGAAGGACCGCGAGGCCGAGGCGGCCGCGCAGUGGCGCGCCCGCGGCGCGGAGCUGGAGGCGCGCCUGCAGGCCCUGCGGGGCGAGCUUGAGAGGAAGGAGCACGAGGUCGUCGGCGCGGAGGCGGAGGCCGAGCUGGCGCGGGGCGCGAAGGAUCGCGAGGCCGAGGAGCAGGCCGCCGAGCUCGCGGGCUGCCAGGCGCGGCUCGCGGCCGCUGAGGACACUCUGCGCGCGGAGCGGGUGGAGCUCGAGCUCGUCAG